AUGCCCACAGCCGAAGCCAACCCUGUGGUCUCCCGCUUCCGCAACCCUGAAGCUCGUAACAGAUGGUUUCCUUCAGUGCCGCAGGCGAGGCAGGUGGCCGACAUCCCAGGACCGACCGAGGCUGAGGUGUCCCAGCCCCCCAGCCCAGCCAGACCCCUGAGCCUGGGGAAGAGACCCGAGACUCAGAGCUCCCUCAGCCCCAGGCCCCGGCUUCCUCUGGGGCCCUUCGACAGCAGCGGUGGCACACCCAGUGAUUCUCCAGGGUCAGGAAUGUUCACUCCGACAUCACUGCCCGCCCCGUCCCCCACGAUCGGCCCUGAGAACACCAGCCUCUACGACUACUUCUACACCUCGGAUGAGCUCAUGUCGUUCCUGCCCUGCCGGAAGGAUGCGGUGCGGGCCUUCGGCGGGGUCUUCAUGCCCACGCUCUUCUCCCUGGUGUCCGUGUCUGGGGCGGUUGGGAACCUCCUGCUGCUGGGGGCCCUGGUCAGAACCCCCCACCAAAGGGGCAGCGCCGAGGUGUACCUGCUCCAUCUGGCUGCAUGCAACCUCCUCUUGGCCCUGACCCUCCCGUUCUGGGCCGUCCAGGCGGCCCUCAGCUGGACGUUUGGCGGCGCCCUGUGUUGCGUCGUUAGCGCCGCUUAUACGGCCUCCUUCUAUGGCGGCGUCUUCUUUGUCGUCUGCCUGAGCCUGGAUGCCUUCCUGGCGGUGGCCCGCGGCGGCCGGCAGUCCCGGCCCAGGAGCUUCUUCCUCUGCAGCGUGGUGUGGGGGGUGGCGGCCGGCCUGGCAUUUCCAGACCUGGCCUUUGCCCGCGUGCGGGAGGACCCAGGAGGCCGACGCAAUUGUGAGCACGAUUACGGCCUCGGCGGGGUCUCCUGGAGGUUGGGCCUCAAGGUGCUGCAGAACGUCCUGGGCUUCCUCUUCCCACUCCUGUGCCUACUGGCAUUCUACGGCCGCUUGGGCCGGGCUCUGGCCACGCUGAGGGCCCCGGGGCGUCGGCGGGCCGUGGGGACGGUGGUCGCGCCGGUGGCCGCAUUCUUCGUGCUCUGGUGUCCCUACAACCUGGCCCUGUUCCUGCACUCCCUGCAGGACCUGCAGGUGAUCACGGACUGUGCGUCCAGCCGGAGCCUGGACUAUGCCCUGCAGGUGACUGAGAGCCUGGCUUUCACCCACUGCAGCCUCACGCCCGUCCUGUACACCCUCCUGAGCCGCCGCCUCCGGGCCCACCUGGGAGGGAUGUGUCGGUCCAUCUGUCCGAGGGCCUGGAACCCCCCCAGCCCCUCGCGAUCUGCCGGGUCCGCCGGUGGGGAGACCACCCUGGAGGACCUGGUCUAG